CCUGCGGGGAGUCGGAGGCUUUUCAGAUUAAGGUAACGUAUUGUCGUCUCUUUACCCUGAAAUGCAUGUAUUUUAUCUUAACUGUUUGGCUAUCUAAACCCAGAACAUAGUUGUUGGAUGGUGUUAUGCAAUGCCUUUGCCUCCAAGGCCUGUGUUAGCUUCUGAAGUGUGAUGGCCCAAGCUGAACAAGAGCUUGCUGUUGAAAUCAAGCAGGAACCCGCCUGGCAAGAAUACGGAUCCAAUCAAGGAAGAUUGGAUGGGAGAUCUCCAAAGUCACCUGAUUCUCAAGGCACGGAAAACAUAGAGAUGGGAGACCUCGAUAACGAAUCAGCAACUGUCGAAGAUCUCGGUGAGGAAUGGUGCGAGGACGAAGGCAGUAAUCUUUGUGACCCGCUCGCUCAUAUGACCUCCGACGUCCUGAGGUCGCCUGAAUCAUCGGACGGAGGAGAUGUAGGGAACUACGGCUCAAAGAGAACUUCAGUUGAUGAUGGACAAGCAGUCGCAACUAAGAAAGCUCGGAGGCGGAAACCUCGUCAAACCACCAAAGUAAACUUGGACAAGAAUGCUGAUGUAGUAGUUAUGGAAGGGAGCUCAGUAGGGAAAGGCUCUGGCAAUGAGAGUGGAUUGACUAUGGAUUCGAGCGAUCCUCCUUUGAAACUGUAUACAAUGGAGCUUUGUAAGAUCUGCAAGAAGACGUUGUACAUCGCCCACGAAACUGAUGAGGACGGAAACCCAAAGACGCCGCUGUGUGAUGGCUGCAAGAUGCAGGAUAGCGCCGAAGACGGUGGUGAGGUUUUCACUUGCGAUGUUUGUUCGCAGAGUUUUGCGCACUUUCGGGAACUUGGAGCACACAUGCGGACACACGCCAGCGGUAAGACCCACCAGUGUGACGAGUGUUUGAAGUGUUAUUCCGACCGCUCUGGUUUGCUUCGUCAUAAGAAGAUUCAUUCUGGGGUUAAACCGCAUCAGUGUGAAAUCUGCUCCAAAUGCUUCACCUUUGCCAACACCCUCAAGGUUCAUAUGAGAACACACAGCAAGGAUAGACCGUUUAGCUGCGAAAUUUGCCACAAGAACUUUGCACAGAGCGCACAGUUGCAAUCACACAUGAAGAACCAUAGUUCCUACACCCCUUACGGCUGCAAGCUUUGCUCCGAUGCCUUCCCAAAGCUGCACCUCCUCAAAGCUCACCUUCGCAAUAAUCACGGCAAUGAAAGGCCGUUCAAGUGUGACCUUUGCGACAAAGCCUUCAACAGGAAAUCCCACCUCAAGUCGCACCUGAAGACGCACAGCACGGAGAGGCCGUACAAGUGCGAGAUCUGCGAAAAGACAUUCGUUGAUCAGCGAUACCUCAAUAAGCACCUCAAAGUCCACACCGGGAUCAAGCCAUAUAGGUGCGAAUACUGCGACCACAGGUUUUCCCAACAGUGCUAUCUGCAGACGCACCUCAUGAUCCACACGGGGACCAAGCCAUACAGCUGCCAUCUCUGCCCCAAGAGCUUCCGACUCCAGGAGCAUCUGAAGACCCACCUCCGCGUCCACAGCGGAAGCAAGCCAUUUGAGUGUACGGUGUGCUCAAAGCGCUUCACCCGCAAGGAUUCUUUAGGUAUCCAUAUGAGAAUACACACAGGGGACUACCGCUACAAAUGCGAGUUCUGCUCCAAGGGAUUCACCGAUCCGAGCAGUUUCAGAGCCCACGUCAGGUCGCACUCCGGCAUUAGGCCGUAUUCUUGCGGGAUCUGUGGGAAGAGCUACACCCAGAACAGCUCCCUUAAAGUUCAUAUGCUGAACCAUACGGAUUUGCACAAGUUUAUGAAAGUUUCGGUUGAGGGGACUUCUGUGAAUCAGCUUCCUGCCACCUUCCCUGACACUGCAGGAGAUUCUUUGACGUACAGGGUAGAUGGUGGCAGUUCUGGUCCUUUAGAUUUGAGUGUGAAGCGGACAGUUCAUCACGGGAACUCAAAGGGACAGAAAAGUGCAGCGGAAGAGACAUUCCCUGAAGAAGAAAGGAUUGGAGAGGAUUCGGGGGAGGAUGGGUCUUUACAGGAAGAUCCAUGGAUGGGGGAAGGGCGAUUAGAUGAAGAGGUAGAGGGGGAGGAGGAGCAAUUCAAGGAAGAGCAGUUCAGGGAACAACCAAGUGAUGAUGAGUCGAUAGAGGAAGAAUUGUGGGUUGAAGGGAAACCGAUGAAGAAAGAGCCUUUGGACGAAGAAUAUGAUGUGCCAGAAGACCUCGGAAUGGAGGAAGAGCUGGUAGGGGAGGAAGCAUCAUUAGAGGAAGAGCAAGGUCUUGGAGAAGCAUUGGUAAUAAAACAAGAGAGGGAGUCAGCCGAUGAAGAUGGGGAGGGCGAACAAAAUUUAGAAAUGUGGGAAGCGACAUUUGUGGAAGAGUCAGAAGAAGGGGAUGGGCAAUUGCAGGAACAGAGAAAAGUUGUGUUGGAUGAACAUAAUAGAGAAGGGGAAGGUUCAUUAGAGGAAGAGCCAAGAGAGGGAGAAGGAUCAUUUUCGGAACAGCCAUUAGAGAGAAAAGUGGCAGUGGAUGAGCAUAUUUCAGAUGGGGAAGGGUCAUUAGAGGAGGAGCCAAGAGAGGGAGAAGGAUCAUUUUUGGAACAGCCAUCAGAGAGAAAAGUGGCAGUGGAUGAGCAUUUUUCAGAGGGGGGAGAGUCUUUAGGAGAAGAGCCAGGAGAGGGGGAAGAACCCUUUUCGGAACAGCCAUUAGAGAGAAAAGUGGCAUUGGAUGAGCAUGUUUCAGAGGGGGGAGAGUCAUUAGGGGACGAGCCAGGGGAGGGGGAAGAACUAUUACAGGAAGAGCAAGAAGAGGAGGAAUUAGAAGAGGAUUCUACAGCAUGGAUUCCUGUGUAGUAAGAUCCACCAUUUUUACAAACUAUGAAUUUUCAAAGUAAAGCUUUGUUUUGUGGGCUUUAUAAUGUGAUGGAAAUAGCUUUUUUUUUAUACCAUUGUGUAGUACAAUAUCUGAUGGGGUUUGCAAGAAACUUGCGAUCAAUUGCAAGUAAAGUUUUGGUCCCUAAAUCAAUCAUAUGUCUUGCAGUUAAUU